CCUGGAGUAGACAACUAAAACUUAACGGCCAUUAAGCAAAACGGUGCUCUGUAUUUAACGACAUCGUUUUAAUCUAACCAAAUAAUAUUACCGCUGUUGCAAAGACUACGAGAGGGAGAAAAUAAAAAACCCAAAGCAAACCCUAUCGUUCAAGUGAUUGCGAGAAGACCGAACCUGAAUUGUAUGAUGGCGAAGGAUCCUAGCCGUUUGCUGUCGAAAGCGUCAUGGUUAGCGAGAAAGCUGUGCACGGCGGCCGAGGCUGUGGCGGAGGCGGUUCCUUCAGCGGUGGGUUCAUUAGAUAAACCAGUAAGGCUGUACCCGAGGUUGUCGGCUCUAGGAGCGAAGGGUGGGAGCGUGUCAAUGACGUUAAAUGAAUAUGUAAUGGAAGGAAACACUAUAAGGAAGGCCGAGCUCACUCGAUGCAUCAAAGAGCUCCGCAAGUAUCAGAGGUUCGAUCAUGCCCUUGAGAUAAUGGAGUGGAUGGAGAAGAGAAAAAUGAACUUUUCAAGAGCAGAGUAUGCGAUUAAAUUAGAUCUUAUAGCCAAAACCAAAGGGGUAUCUGCAGCUGAAAGUUACUUCAGUAGCCUCUCACCAAAUGCAAAAACUCGAUCUACUUAUGGAGCUCUUUUGAACUGUUAUACAAAGGGACUUAUGCCUGACAAAGCAUUGGAUCUUUUUGAAAAAUUGGAUGCAAUGAAUCUUCUCUCAACUUCUUUACCUUUUAACAAUCUAAUGUCAUUAUAUAUGAGAUUAGGCCAGCCUGAGAAGGUGCCUGCCUUAGUACAUGAUAUGAAGCGGAGAAACAUCCAUCCUUGCUCUUUUUCUUAUAAUAUAUGGAUGCAGAGCUAUGGAUGUUUGAAUGAUUUUGAAGGAGUAGAAAGAGUUCUAGCUGAGAUCGAAAAAGAUGGUGAAGAUAAUUGCAAAUGGAAUACUUACAGUAAUGUGGCCACAAUCUAUCUCAAGGCAGGACUUUUUGAGAAAGCUGAAUCAGCUCUUAAAAAGUUAGAGUUGAAAAUGGGAAUUCGCAAUCGUGAGGCUUACCAUUUUCUGAUUAGCAUAUAUUCUGGUACUCAAAACCUGAACGAGGUUAAUCGAGUGUGGAAUUCCUUGAAGAAAAGUUUCACAACAGUCACCAAUACGAGUUAUCUGGUGAUGCUUCAGGCACUUGCAAAACUAAAAGAUGUCGAUGGUAUAGCCAAAUUGUUCAAGGAGUGGGAAUCCAGCUGCUCCAGUUAUGAUAUGAGAUUAGCAAAUACAGCUAUAAAAGCAUAUUUAGAGCAGGACAUGUAUGAAGAAGCUGAAUUGAUCUUUGAUGGAGCGCUUAAGAGAGCUAAAGGACCUUUCUUCAAGGUGCGAGAGAUGUUCAUGGUUUUCUUCUUGAAGAUUAAUGAGCUGGACUUGGCUUUGGAGCAUAUGAAAGUAGCUUUUUCUGAAACUGAGGAGUAUCAGUGGAAACCAAAAGCGGAAACAGUGAGUGCAUUUUUUAGUUAUUUUUGUGAAGAGAAAGAUAUUGAUGGUGCGGAGAAGUUUUGCAAGAUCUUGAAGCAUAUUAAUUGUCUCGAUUCCAAUGCUUAUAGUUUGCUUCUACAGACGUAUAUAGCUGCUGACAGAUUGGCUCCUGACAUGCGUAAGAGGUUGGAGGAAGAUAAUAUUCAAAUAAGCCAUGAGCUUGAGGACUUGCUUGAAAGGACUAGCUGCAGAUAGAAGACUACAAGCCAUUUCUGGUUACGUUACGUGUAGCCAUGGAGAGUUCCAAUUUACAAUGUUUUUGAAAUUUAAAAGAUAUUCAUUUGUUUAUAUGUUCUUUUGGCAGUGAACGAUGUGAACGACACAAGUUUGCGUUUCACAAUUUGCUAUAAUUGUAAUGAUUUCACUAUCAUUGUUCUUAUUUAUGCAGCAAAUUUGAAAAAAAAAAGAAAAAAGAAAAAAGAAAAAAAAGCUCAUGA